AUGGUGAUCAACGCCGGUGGCUUGCCUCCAACUCCGAGCAGCUCGGAUAUCAAGGAAGAAGUGCCGAAAGAGAAAGCCCAGUAUACGAUGCACGGAGUUUUACACUUUCUACAACACGAAUGGGGACAAUAUGAGAUGGAGCGGGCGAAAUGGGAGAUGGAGCGCUCCGAGUUGCAUGCAAGGAUCAGCUUUCUGCAAGGCGAACGGAAGGGACAGGACAAUCUCAAACACGAUUUGAUCAGACGUGUGAAGAUGCUUGAAUAUUGUUUAAAACAAGAGAGGCUGAAGUUGUACCGACUGACGCACAACGGAGAGGAGCCUGCCGACUUCGACUUUUACAAGAAGUGUCCAGAGCGAACCGUUAAUGACGAUGAGAAUAUGUCGGAUACGAUUGGGGCAAAUGUGCUUCCUUUCCAUAAAGGACGUGUAUUGCUCAGACAAUAUCUCAAUGAAAUCGGCUACUCUGAGGCCGUGGUCGAUGUGCGCACUUUCCGCACAAAAUCUCUGGCUGAAAUGGUGGAAGACGGUUCUGAAGACGAUGUGAAAGCUAAAAAAGAGCGUAUGGACAGUAGUCUUGAUGAUGGCCGUCGUAACGAUCUGGACAUGGACGCAGCUGAUGCACUGGGAGAAUUCGACUUCCUUAAUGGUGGAGACACGAACAAUGGUGGCACAGGAAUUGGUGAUAAUUGGCACAACAUUCACGCGGAUCGUAUCGAGGCAUUGAAGGAACGCUAUAAGCAAGAGAAGAGACUGCGUAACCCGGCCUACCAAGAAGAGGAAUCACCUUUUCAGAACUCUCAAGACAAAGACGACCGAGGUAACAAUAGCGGGUUUCCAAAGCUCGGCGAACCAAGUAGCAAGCGCGGCGAAUACAUGGACAUUACUGAUGCUCUAGGGAUUGCUGAUGAUUCUAUAGAUAUUAAAGAUAAUUUUGCGAACGAUGAGGAGGAGAAUGUGCGUGAAACUCCAAAAUGGAAUCUUUGUCUCACACUUCGUUCUCAUCUGGAUUCUGUCCGCGCAAUGCAGUUUCAUCCUGUUGAGCCUACAGUGUUUACUGUGUCGGAAGAUGGCACUUGUAAAAUGUGGAACUUGGAAGUGAAGAAUAAGGAAAUCAGUGAAUGUGAGCCCCUCUACACAUUCCGAGGACACGAAGGCCCCAUUGUCUGCAUGGAUUUAUCACCAACUGGCGAAGUAGUCUACACGGCUGGCCAUGAUGCUACCAUCUGCUGUUGGCGACCCCCGUCAAAGAAGCGAGAGAUCUAUGACAGAUUUGAUUCCGAAGUGCUACUUGACCGUUUGGAAGGACACACCGACGUUAUUUGGGAUCUUGCUUACCAUUCAUCGGACAAUCGCCUGGUCUCGGCAUCGGCUGAUCAGACCAUUCGGUUUUGGGAGCCAGCCAGCAUGUGCGACACGACGUUGUUGGCGACCUGGAGAGGAUGGGAAGAAGGAAGUACCCCAACCUCUGUCGAUUUUGUUUCCACGGAACCGACUCAACUACUGGCUGGUUUCUCUAACAACAUUGCCGGUAUUCUUGAUGUGGAGACGGGCGAGAAUGUUGUUCGCUUUAAAUUCGACGAAACUGGCCCCGGUUUGAACGUGAACAAAAUAAUUUCCCAUCCAACAAUGCCUACUGCAAUCACCGCUGGGAAUGAUCGAAAAAUUCGCUAUUUCGACAAUCGCACUGGUGAGCUGAUCCAUUCGGCUGUUGGGCAUGUUGAAUCGAUUUCUUCAUUGGCUGUCGAUCCUAAUGGUCUAUAUUUGCUGUCCGGCAGUCAUGAUGGCUCACUACGUGUUUGGGAUCUGGAAAAACGCGUUUGCCUCCAGGAGAUUGCCGCUCAUCGGAAGAAGUUUGAUGCCGCUGUCAACUCUAUAGCGUUCCAUCCGUCUCGUCCAUUAAUCGGUUCCGCAGGAGCAGACAGUCUUGGAAAGGUCUUUUCGGGGCACCCCGAUUUAACACUGGGA